AUGGAACUCGUAAAAAAUGAAGAAAAGUUAGGUGAAAUGUGUUAUUUACCGCAUCAUGCGGUAAAAAAUGAGAACAGUAAAACAACGAAGUUGCGAGUAGUGUUUGAUGCGUCCUGUAAAACGGAAUCCGGAUAUAGUUUAAACGAUACACUAUUGAAAGGGCCGGUUAUACAGGACGAACUGCUAUAUAUAAUAUCAAGAUUUAGAACACAUAAAUUUGUAUUAACGGCCGAUAUACAAAAGAUGUACCGCCAAGUAUUGGUGACGAAGCAAGAUAGCGAGAAACAACGAAUUUUAUGGCGCGCGGACCCCUCAUUGCCAAUACAAAUUUAUCGUUUAACAACACUUACUUAUGGAACAGUACCGGCGUCAUUUUUGGCAACAGCAUGUUUAAGGAAAAUAUCUGAACUAGAAUCGUCAUAUGUAAAAGCUUGUGAGGCAAUUAGAAACGAUUUUUAUAUGGACGAUUUCCUAAGUGGCGCGGAGACGAAGGAAGAAGCGAUAAAGUUACGUGACGAAGUAAUUUUAAUAAUGAAAAAAGCAGGCAUGACGUUAAGAAAGUGGUCAUCAAAUGAACCAAGUAUAGUUAGUUGUAUGUCAGAAAAAGAAAAUGCGAACGAGUGUAUUUUUGAAGAAGAAUCAAUAACAAAAAUACUCGGACUGUAUUGGAAUGCGGAUGGUGAUGUAUUACAAUACAAGGUAAUACAAGAAUAUCAUGACGAAAAUACUACAAUAAGUAAAAGACACAUUUUAGCCGAGACCGCGGCGAUAUUCGACCCGAUGGGACUGGUCGGUCCAAUUAUAGUACAAGCAAAAUUAAUAAUACAAAGCUUAUGGCAAAUUCGUAUUAGUUGGGACGAGCCAUUACCAGAUAACAUACGUAUAGAAUGGGUUAAAUAUAGAAAAGGUUUAUCGAUGUUAAACAAGCUGACCAUACCACGUAAUAUCGGGUGUAAUAAAAUAUUAGCAAAUAUACAAAUACACGGAUUCGCAGACGCAAGUAUCAAAUGUUACGGAGCGUGUAUUUUUUUACGUAGUACCAAUGAACAAGGAGAACACACAGCCAAAUUAAUAUGUGCAAAAUCAAAAGUUGCCCCACUUAAAGUUAUAUCAUUGCCAAGGUUAGAACUAUGUGCAGCACUUUUAUUGGCGCGUUUAGUGAGCCGUAUUGUUCCGAAGUUAAAAUUAAAUAUCGCGAAAAAAUAUUUUUGGUCCGAUUCAAAAAUAGUACUAUCAUGGAUAGCGUCUCCAUCGACAAAAUGGAAGACAUUCGUGGCACACCGUAUCGGGGAGAUACAGGAUCUGUCCAACAUAACAGAUUGGGCAUAUGUUAAGUCAUCGGAAAACCCGGCUGAUAUAAUAUCACGCGGGUGCGACGCAGAGCAAAUAUCAAGUAUUAAUUUGUGGUGGAACGGACCGGAAUGGUUAAAAAACAAUAUCGAGGAGUGGCCGAUAUCAGAAAAAACCAGCCAAAAUGAUAACAUAGAAAUGCUACCCGAAGCGAAAACAGUACGAAAUAUAGCUCUUGUGGUGACUGACGAAUUUAUAUUAUUCAAAAGAUAUUCGUCGUUAAAUAAAAUAUUGCGUAUUGCGGCGUAUUGGUUACGCUUUAGAGAUUUUUUAGUGAAAAAAUCUAGUGCCUCAGUCGGACCACUGAGAGCAGAAGACUUAGAACGUGCAAAUAUUGACGAUAAAGAUAUAUUGAGAGUUGGAGGUCGAUUAAAAAAUGCAAGUACAAUAGAGGUAUUUCAACGACAACCUAUUAUUUUACCAGGUGACAGUAUUUACACGAAAUUGUUAUUUCAGCGUGAACAUAUAAGGUGUAUGCACGGAGGCCCAUUGGCGAUAUUAGCCUUAGUGCGAUUAUACUAUUGGCCGUUGAAAGCACGAAAUAUCGCUCGAGCGACGGUUCAUAAAUGUGUUACGUGUUUCAGGCAAAAACCGGUGUUCGUUGAACCCAUAAUGGGUGAUUUACCUCGUGAACGUAUAGAACCAUCGCGUCCUUUUAAAAUCAGUGGUAUUGAUUUCGCGGGACCGUUGUUAAUCAAAGACAGCUUAAAAAAGCGAGCAUCACUUACAAAAGGCUACGUGUGCAUUUUCGUGUGUUUUGCGACUAAAGCGGUUCACAUAGAAUUAGUAAUUGACCUGAGCACAAAAUCAUUCUUAAAUGCUUUAAAUAGAUUUUUUGAUAGAAGAGAAUGGCGGUUCAUUCCCCCGCGAUCACCGCACUUUGGGGGUCUGUGGGAGGCCUCAGUGAAAUCGAUGAAAAAUCUGAUAGGUAGAGUGCUAAGCGAGUCGCAUUUAACGUACGAAGAACUAAAUACUAUACUUACCCGGGUAGAAGCAUGCCUUAAUUCCCGCCCUUUAACCGAAAUGUCAUCCGAUCCUUCCGACUUAACAUAUCUUACUCCUGCGCAUUUCCUAAUUGGAGAAUCUCUGAUGGCCAUACCGGAAAGGGAUGAAAGUACAAUCCCGGCGAAUCGAUUAGACCGGUGGCGUCGUGUUCGACAAUACACGCAAAUUUUGUGGAAACGAUGGAGCAACGAAUAUUUAAAUCAAUUGCAAGUAAGAAAAAAAUGGUCAGUGGAGAGAGGUCCCACCUUGGCUAUCGGAACAAUCGUUUUGAUGCGUGAUGAAAAUAUUAAGCCACUAAAUUGGAAGCUAGGACGGGUACUGUCGGUCAGCCACGGAGAGGACGGAGUUAUUCGUACGGCGUUGGUGAAAACUAUGACGGGCGAGUACAACCGAGCGGUACGAAAUUUGUGCCCGCUUCCGGUUGAUGAUAACAUGGGUUAA